GGCCAUUUCGUUGAAAACCAAACCAAACGGACAGGCUUCUUCCAUGCUCCACGAUUUGUUUUCAGAGUUGGAUUGCUGAGACGUAGUAAUGGAAGCCGGGGGUGGUAGCCGCGACGUUGGGCUGCAGCAGGGCUUCUGCUGCCGGGAACUUGAGCUUGAAGAAUACCCCGAUAAGUACGUGAUCCGAUCCCUCGAUCCCAACGUUCCGGAUCAAGCCUUCUCCGUCAGCCGCUCGGACGGCGAUAUUAAACUGCUUACUGCUUGUUCAACCUUCUUUGCAGGGGAUGCUAAAUCCGAAAAUCCUACUAAAGUUUCACAGAUUUUUGGCGUUGUUGGAAUUCUAAGAUUGAUAUCAGGAACAUACAUACUGGUUAUUUCUUCCCGGAAAGAAGUUGGAACCUAUCUUGGCUUCCCAGUUUAUUCUGCGAUGACUAUGAAAUUUUUAUCCUGCAGUGAAGCUUGGAGGACUUCUAAGGAGAAAAGAGAUGAGGAUUACUUCAUGUCUUUGUUGAGGAUAGUGGAGUCUACACCUGGUUUAUAUUAUUCUUAUGAAUCAGAUCUAACAUUAAACUUACAGAGAUCAUGCAAGUUGGAUGAAGUGAGAUUUAGCAAACCACUUUGGAAACAGGCUGACCCACGCUAUGUUUGGAAUAAGAACUUGCUCGAAGACCUUAUUGAGCAUAAGCUUGACGCAUUUAUUAUUCCCUUCAUACAAGGCAGCUUUCAGACUACUGAGUUGAUCCUUAAAGAUUCACCUGCCAAGAUUACUUUGAUCUCACGGAGGUGCAACCGUCGUCUUGGGACAAGAAUGUGGAGGAGAGGAGCCAAUCUUGAAGGUGAUACAGCUAACUUUAUUGAAACAGAGCAGUUGUUAGAAUUGGAAGGGUUUAAGUUCUCAUUCUUGCAGGUUCGUGGUUCCAUUCCACUUCUCUGGGAGCAGAUUGUAGACUUGAGCUACAAACCAAGACUUCAGAUAAUUGGGCAUGAAGAAACAGCCAAGGUUGUUGAGCGUCAUUUUAAUGAUCUUAUACAACGAUAUGGAACUAUAAUAGUACUUGAUCUGACAGAUAAGCAUGGAGAUGAGGGACAGCUAAGCUCUGCAUUUGCCUCUGAAAUGGAGAAACUUGCGCAUGUGAGAUACGUGUCUUUCGAUUUCCAUUACCAAUGCGCCAAGGGAAAGUUAGAAAACUUAAAAAUUCUUUAUGAUGAAAUCUCUGAGGACGUCCAAAAACAAGGAUAUUUUCUUAUCAAUGCUGAAGGAGUAAUAUUACAAGAGCAGACUGGGGUUGCUCGGGCAAAUUGCAUUGAUUGCUUGGAUCGGACAAAUGUUACACAGUGUUACUUGGCCAGGAAAUCAUUGAAUUCACAACUGCAGCGAAUGGGGGCUUUUUCUUCCAGUGAUUGCAUAACUUUGUAUGCCGAUAUAGAUGAAGCGUUCAAGAUGUUGUGGGCUGAGCAUGGAGAUGAGAUCAGUUUGGAGUAUACUGGCACUCUUGCCUUGAAGGGAGACUUAGUAAGAUAUGGGAGACAAACUAUAACUGGAUUGAUCAAGGAUGGAAUAACUGCUCUUUCCAGAUAUUACUUGAAUAACUUUCAGGAUGGCCUAAGACAGGACGCACUAGAUCUCAUCAGUGGGCGCUGUGACGGCCCUCCUUCCCAGCUCAAGGAUUCAUUAUCGUAUGUUCCAGUUGCAUCUGCUCUGAUAAUUGGAGGUCUUACCGUGACUUCUUUCUCAUUAAAUCAAGCAGGGCGCCAUCCACAGCAUUUUCUUUCCUCAAUUCUGUUAGCAGGCUUGGCUGCUGGGGUUAUGGCUGCAGUGAAAGCUAAUGGAAGGCAGUUUUGCUCCAGACCUCGCCUUUGUGGCCUUUUCUGAGCUGUUUUAGUUGAUUGAGGAAGAUGAGGUUUCUUAUUUUUUCAACAAUUAUAAGUUGUGGUUUGUUGAUUUAAUACCUAUUUAUAUUGAUUUUUAUCCUUUGAAAAUUUAUAUGUUAAAUUCAUUUAAGAAAUAUUUCAUGA